AUGGCUCCCCGCCUGUGGGUGAUCGCCCUGGCUGUGGCUACCCUUCUCAUCGUGAACAGAGCGGGGCCAGUGUCAGCAGGAAAGCUUGUUUUCUCAAGAAUGCCCAUCUGUGAGCACAUGGCAGAGUCUCCAGACUGUUCCAAGACCUUCAACCCAGUCUGUGGCACUGAUGGGGUCAUGUAUGACAGUGAAUGCCACCUCUGCCUGAUGCGGUUGAAAACCAAACAGGACAUCCAGAUCACAAAGGAUGGCAAAUGCUGA